AUGAUAUUUUUUCUCCUCUUUGUGGCCAUUCCUAUUUGCCUCAUCUUUCUUCUUCCUAAAGCCAAAAGGGGUGGAAAAAAUAAGGUGCCACCAGGUCCUUUAGGGCUUCCAUUCAUUGGAAAUUUGCAUCAAUUUGAUUGUUUGGCUCCUCAUAUCUAUUUUUGGAAACUUUCUAAGAAAUAUGGUAAAGUAUUCUCAUUGAAACUUGCUUCUGUUCCUAUUGUUGUAGUUUCUUCAGCAAAAUUAGCAAAAGAAGUACUCAAGACACAAGAUUUAGUGUUCUGUAGUAAACCCUCUCUUGUUGGCCAACAAAAAUUGUCUUACAAUGGUCAUGAUAUUGUCUUUGCACCUUACAAUGACUAUUGGAGGGAAAUGAGAAAAAUAUGUGUUCUUCAUUUAUUUAGUCUCAAGAAAGUGCAUUUAUUUGGUCCGAUUCGUAAAGAUGAAGUCUCAAGAAUGAUCAAGAAAAUAUAUCAACAAGCUGCUAAUUCUCAAGUCACUAAUUUGAGUAAUUUGUUGAUUUCACUUAAUAGUACAAUUAUUUGUAGAGUUGCUUUUGGUGUUAGAUUUGAUGAAGAAGCAUAUGAAAGGAAGAGAUUUAAUCAUAUUGUGGAUGAAGGUGAAGCUAUGUUGGCAAGCUUUUUUGUGUAUGAUUUUUUUUCAUCUUUAAAUUGGAUAGAUAAACUCACCGGACAGACAGACAGACUUGAGAAGAGUUUCAAAGAUUUGGAUGAGUUUUAUGAAGAACUGAUUGAACAACAUCACAAUCCCAAUAGGCCAAAAUCCAUGGAAGGAGAUAUUAUAGAUCUUUUGCUUCAAUUAAAAAAAGAGCAAUUAACACCAAUUGAUUUGUCUUUGGAGGAUAUAAAAGGAAUUAUCAUGGUAAUUUUCCAUUUCUUUAACCUAUCUACUUCUACACGCGCUCAUACACACAUAUACGUAUACAUAUAUAUUGUCAAGAAUCCAAAAGAUAUGAAGAAAGUUCAAGAAGAGAUCAGAAAUUUAAUGGGGAACAAAAACAUUGUAAAUGAAGAUGAUAUUCAAAAUAUUCCUUAUUUCAAAGCACUGAUAAAAGAGACUUUAAGAUUAUUUCCACCAGUUCCACUCUUAAUACCAAGAGAAUCAAUGAAAAUAUCCACACUAGAAGGGUAUGAACUUCAACCAAGAACUAUAGUUUAUGUUAACGCAUGGGCAAUUGCAAGAGAUCCUGAAAUAUGGGAAAAUCAAGAAGAAUUUAUGCCUGAAAGAUUCUUGAAUAGCGAUAUCGACUUCAAGGGACAAGACUAUGAGUUUAUUCCAUUUGAAGCAAGUAGAAGAGGGUGUCCAGCAAUGGCACUUGGGGUUGCAUCUGUGGAACUUGCAUUAUCAAAUCUUCUUUAUGCAUUUGAUUGGGAGUUACCUUAUGGGUUGAAAAAGGAGGACAUUGACAUAAAUGAUAGACCUGGAAUUACAGUGAAUAAAAAAAAUGACCUUUGCCUUAUCCCUAAAAAAUAUUUCUAAAAUACAUCCCAAAGUGAAUCUAAGGGGAGUUGGUUCUUGAGGUAAGGCAUCAAUUGCUUUCGACUCGAAUUAAUCACUUUGUCGUAUAAAGGAUUGUUUUGAAGUGUUAUUCUGUAAUUGAAUGAUAAUAAGUCAAUUUUCAUUGGUUGUGAAUGCAUUUUAUAUAUGUA